AUGUAUGAGAGUUAUAAUUCGUCCAACUCAUCUUCUAACUCUUCCAAUUCCUCUGCCAACUCAAAUCAAAAUUCCGAUGAUGACUACAAACGACUUUAUGAGAGACGGAGGCAAGCAAAUCGUCUUGUUGAUCGAAUGAUGGAUGAAUUCAUAAUGACCAAUCCAGUUGAAUUCUUUCAAAUGGUUAAUCAAGUUCCAAGGGCACCAAGGACGCUGGUCGAAAGGGAUCGUGAAGACGGACACAACCGUUUAUGGAAUGACUAUUUUGCUGAUCCUCCAGUGUUCCCUCCAAACUUGUUCCGUCGGAGAUUUCACAUGAGAAAGCACGUCUUUCUCCGUAUUGUGCAUACUUUAGAAGAACGUCAUCGGUUCUUUCAACAACGGCAAGAUGCUACUGGUAGAUUUGGAGCAUUAGCAUUGCAGAAAUGCACCGCGACUUUAAGAUUACUUGCAUAUGGAACUGCUGCUGAUUCCGUUGACGACUACUUACGGAUUAGUGCAUCUCUUGCGCGAGACUCCUUACAACAUUUUGUUGAAGGAGAUGUCUCUUAUUUUAGUGACGACUAUCUGAGAAGACCUAAUGAAGAGGAUAUGGCCAAACUCCUACGAGAUGGAGAACGUCGAGGCUUUCCAGGGAUGAUGGGAUCCAUUGAUUGUAUGCAUUGGCGAUGA